CAUCCGCGCCGUUGCUGUCCCCGCCACUACUACCACAGCUCCGUCUCCCUGGCUGUGGAAGGGAGGAUGGAGCCGGUGUCCGUCGCUACCGACGGCGGGGACCGUCCGGGGUCACCUGCGGGCUCAAGCCUGUCGGCUUCCCAGCGUCGGGCCGAGCUGCGGCGAAGAAAGCUCCUCAUGAACUCGGAACAGCGCAUCAACCGCAUCAUGGGCUUUCACAGGCCCGGGAGCAGUGCUGAAGAAGAAAGUCAGACAAAGUCAAAGCAGAUGGACAGUGAUAAACUGAAUUCCCUCACCGUUCCUUCAGUUUCAAAGCGAGUAGUGCUGGGUGAUUCAGUCACCACAGGAACAACUGACCAGCAGGGUGGUGUGCUUGAAGUAAAGGGGACCCAACUGGGAGACAAACUGGACUCUUUCCUGAAACCAUCUGAGUGCAGUAACGAUGUCAACAUUGAGCUCCGGCAGCGAAACAGGGGGGACCUGACAGCGGACAGUGUUCAGAGGGCUUCUCGCCAUGGCCUAGAACAGUAUCUCUCCAGAUUUGAAGAAGCAAUGAAGCUAAGGAAACAGCUGAUUAGUGAGAAACCCAGUCAAGAGGAUGGAAGUACAGCAGAAGAAUUUGACUCUUUUCGAAUAUUCAGAUUGGUGGGAUGUGCUCUUCUUGCCCUUGGAGUCAGGGCUUUUGUUUGCAAAUAUUUGUCCAUAUUUGCUCCAUUUCUUACUUUACAACUUGCGUACAUGGGACUAUACAAAUAUUUUCCCAAGAGUGAAAAGAAGAUAAAGACAACAGUACUAACUGCAGCACUUCUAUUAUCUGGAAUUCCUGCUGAAGUGAUAAAUCGAUCGAUGGAUACCUAUAGCAAAAUGGCCGAAGUCUUCACAGAUCUCUGUGUCUACUUUUUCACUUUUAUCUUUUGUCAUGAACUGCUUGAUUAUUGGGGCUCAGAAGUACCUUGAACCCUGCAGAACUUGGAAGGAGAAGCUUACAAUAAACAAUUUCUUUUGUAUAUUGCCAUGUCUCUAAAGGAGACAAACUGGUUACACCUUUAUGUAAUUCUUUUACUUUAUAAAUAAGGGUUGUAAAAUCACUUGAUUCAGAAUGCAAUGGCAGGUUCCCUGAUUGAAAGGGUUGAGUUUGUAUUAGUACUGAUGUGAAGAGUAGAAUACCGAUGUCAUUGAUUUUUCUCGUUUAAUUAGAAUCCCUAGUCUUUACCUUUCCUGUUCCUUCUCAGUUUUGUAAUUCCUCUUUUGGGGGCUGAGCUAGCGCUUUUAGGAGAACAGAUAAACAUGUUCUCCGCUAGCCCUAAGAACUGUUUCUUGUAUUUGUGUUGCUCUGUCCUGAGAAAUGGAGCCAUCUUAAAAAUAAAGAAAUGGAAUUAUGUAAUGUUAUGUCUGCACAUUAUAACUUACAAGGACUGAAUUAAUGUCGAUUUUUUUCUUGUUGGGUCAGUAUCCUAAUUUUACUCUAACGCAGUUGUUAUUUAAUGGAAGAAAUGUUUGCGAUUCAUACGUGUGAAAUUAGAAGGUGUGUAUGAAGUUUUUAUUUGCUAGAUGCCAAACUCAGAAUUGGAAAUGUUCACUUUUGAGUUCAGUUUUCAGAAGUAUAUUUUUAAAGCAAACUAGAACAGAGUGAUUAAAUUUAAAACUGGGAUCUGAAGAAAUAAGCAUAUAACCCAGUAGUAUAAAUAUCCUUUUAAUUAACUUGGUAACACUGUCGUAUCUGGAAGACGUGUCUUGUAAAAAUGGCAUGGCAGGGGCAUCUGACCUCUGACUUCACAAGGGCAAAGGAGAAUCAAAAUCAACAGCCCAAGGCUGAUUCCUAUGAGGCUGAGAUCAGACAUGCCUCCACCUUCCAACUUUUUUUUGCCGAUUCUGAUACCAACUGUCCCUCCCGCGGCACCCUGUACUUCUCUGCUGGGUUCAGUAAUUUGUUGCAGUGGUCACACAGAGCUUACAGAAAAUACUCAACAAUUAUAAGGUUUAUUAGUGAAGUAGUAGGUUUCAAUUCAGGUUCAGGAAUGCCCAGGAUACAGUUCUAUCAGGACAGCCUCUUCUCAACCAUGCCUGUAGGCACGCCUCACUCUGGCCCCUAUAGGCUUUGCCCUGCUCAGGCAAGUGUUAUAAAGCUUUUUUUAGCUCUGCUGAUAAGUUCCUGGAGACACUCCACUCUGCCAGUAAGCGUCCUGCCCAAAGGCACUCAGCUGUCUCGCUCUGGAUGCACCCCAAUCUGCCAGCCAACCUCUUGGCUGAAGGUACUCAGCUUUUUGACUCUGUGGGCUGGGGAGCCCACCGCACUGUCUCCUGCUGGUCUCCUGAUUCUGCUACCAGUGCUGUCACUAUUUUUCUGCCACUACUCACCGUCUCCACUCUUACAGCUCUGUCUCUGUCUCCUCGAUCUAGGAGGUUCUUAGUGCAGGGAAUCCGCGUCCAAAGAAUGUGCUCCACUCCUGGCUCCUUUCUUGGUGACGUUGAAACCCUCGCUUCGUACCUCUGGGGUGGCUUGUUUUAAGACUAGUGAGAUGGCAAACUGACCAGUCCCCUCAUUAGGGUUCCAUGCACCAUAUUUACAUGGCCCCACCCCCCGCAAGAGUGCCAGGCACCUUAUUUACAUUAUUAGAAAGCUAUCCAAUCCCCUUGGUGGGCCAGGAGCACCUGGUUUGCGUAGUCCCACUUGUUCAUUUGGUGGGAGUUAAAAAGACUGUGGCUAGAAGGUCCAUACAAAAUAAUUCACACUACUUAAAAGGGUAUGAAACAGAAGUGGUAUGUCACUUGGUAUUUACAGGUUUUUGUAUGGUCUGUUUGGUUAAUUCUUGUGAUAUUAAAAGCACAUACACUUUUUUUGUUACUAAGUCUUGAUUUUUGUCCUAUUUUAUUCUGAACUAGAGUAAUGGAAAAUAAGUGUAAUAAUUUAAGUGUGUUUAACAGUUACACGUAUUUCAUGAUUUCAUAAUGAAUCUAGUAUCUAGAGGAUUGAAAAGCAUUCUUAGAGUUGUCACUUCCUUCCCUAAUCCCCGGGAAGACAGUAUAACAGGUGUCAAUUAUUGAGUCAUUUCCGACUCAUGAUGACCCCAUGUCUAUCAGAGUAGAACUAUGUUCCACAGGCUAUUCAAUGGUGGAUUUUUCAGAAGUAGUUCACCAGCCCUGUCUUCCCAGGCACCUCUGGGUGAACUUAAAGUUCCAGUCUUUCAGUUAGCAGCUGAGUGUGUUAACCAUUUGCAUCACCCAAGGACUCUGGUGAAGAUACUAGUGUGAUCUUCCAAUUACAUAUGUUUGCAACUUCUGUUUCUUUAAAAAAAAAAAAAGCCUCAGCCUCUGACACACUAAAGAAUAAUUUACAAGAAUCAGCACAAAGCUGGUUUCUACGAGGCGGAGAUUAAAGAUUUCCCAAAUGUCCAGCUUUUCCAAGCUGUUGUACCACUCCAUCAUCUCUAACGUCAACUACUCCCCUCAGUACUGUCCCUCACGAACCGUAUAAAGGAAAUGGCUCACGAGGUUGUAGAGGCUAGCAAGUCCCAAAUUUGUGGGUCAGGCAUAGGCUUCUGCCAACCCACGUGGCUGACUAACACAAACCAGUUCAGACCACAAGCUGCUGGUUCACAGGGCUGUGGAAGCUGGUGAAUCAGGUCACACAAUAGGCUGCCAGCCUAGGAAGCUGUGGAAGCUGGCGAAUCCCAGAAUCAGCAGGUCAGACAGCAGGUCUCUGGGGAGGUCAGUUGAUCAGGA